UCUGGGCGAAGCCCUGCCCGAUUGCAGUUUGGAAACACGUGGGAGUGGUUCCCCGGGCUGCCUGCUCCUGACCUCUGUGCACACCUUGGUCUGCCUCGACCUCGCCCGCACUGAAACCACAUUAAUCAGAUUUUUGACAUGCUGUAAAGGGCAAGUCACUGCCGGAGCUCUCAGUGUUCGAAAAUUUGGGAAACUCUGCAUGUCUAGCUAGCAAAAUUUAAUUUUUGUAUGGGAAUAUAAAUUGUUGUUGAGGUGCGGUCUUUCAACCCUAAUCCUUUUCACCAAGAAUGAAGCUAUUUAAAAAUUAAGAUGCCAACAGAUCACGAGGAGCCCUGUGGCCCCAGCCUCAGGUCAUUUUGCCUGAAUGGGGGGAUUUGUUAUGUGAUACCUACUAUUCCCAGCCCAUUCUGUAGGUGCAUUGAGAAUUACACAGGAGCUCGUUGCGAAGAGGUUUUUCUCCCAAGUGCCAGCAUCCAAAGCAAAAGCAAUCUGCCGGCAGCUUUCGUGGCCCUGGUGAUCCUGGUCACACUCGCCAUAGCAGCACUCUGCUUCCUGUGCAGGAAGGGCCAUCUUCAGAGGGCCAAUCCUGCCCAGUGUGAGAUCAGCCUGGUGGAGAGAAGCAGUACCAGUGCCCACCACAGUCACAGAGAUCAUUGAAGACACAUCCAGUGAAGGUCACUUUUGUGAUCACCUCACACAGGCAGAAAGGGAACCGUACGGUGAGAGAAGGUGAUGUUUGCAACUUUUAACAAGCAGUGCCUACCAAAACCAAAGAAACCCAAUCAACCAAGCACCUUGUAUAAGCACCUCAGGUACUAUCCAGAGGGGCUACAGACACACUUAAACCUACAGAUAUGGUCUCUUCCACAUCAUCCAGCUUAUGAAUGAGAACUGGGCUUAAGAAUCACUGUCACAAGGGAGAGGAGGGGCUGAAAACAUCACAGAACCUAGCCACCAUUUUGAAGAUGGAUUUUCUUGAUUAGGUUUUCUUUUUGUUGGAUGUACCUGCUUCCUAGAGUGCCAACAAAGCCGGCUCCACAGUUGGCUUAUACUUGUUGCCUUCUCUGCUAAGGAACACAGCUAGGAGUUUCUUUUUCUUUGCUGAUGUCUCUGUGGUCAGUGUGCUUCGCUCCUGCCUGUAACUCUAUUAUUGGGAGACUGUGAACUAGGUAUGUAUACUGAGUAAAUGCAGUGUGACUGAAUCCUGGACAGUAAGAAAUAUGUUAAGACAGUGGUCUCAAAUUGUUUCUCAGUCUAAUCAUUAGCUAUUAAAACCAACACCAUCAUGCUGUUUUUGUCUGUUACUGACCUGAGCAAAAAACAGGGCAAAAACUUGCCAAGCAUUGGUGGCUCACACCUUUAAUCCCAGCACUUGGGAGUCAGAGGCAGGCAGACCUCUGUGAGUUCAAGGCUAGCCUCGUCUACAGAGCAAGUUCCAGGACAGCCUCCAACAAUACAGAGGAAACCCUGUCUCAAAAAACCAAAAAACUUAAAUGUAAGUGUUCCACACUCUCCAAAACAUGUGACUUUAUUAACGACUUGUGCUAGGUUUACACCAGCACAUAUUCUAGAAACUGACCUCCAGAUGUGGCACAGGACAGAAGUGACAUAUCCACAACAAAGGCAACACACCUGGCAGGUCACUGCUCAUCCCUGAAAGGGGCCAAUAUUAAAAUAACUUUUUCGUAACUGUACACAGUAACAAUGCCAGUUUACCCUCAAAUAGCAUUUUUACUAUGGAGCCUGCUAUGCUCCAAUAUUUCCAGCCCAACAUUACCCAGUCAACAACUGAAAAACAAAGUGAAUCGUUUUCAUUUUCAUGGUUUUGCAGUUUUCUGCUUCCAUCAAAACUGAAUUUAUAGUGACGCUAACUUGAGCCAGACUUUGUGGCUAUAAAAGGACAAAAAUCACUUGUUUUUCCUAUUGAAAAUUUCCACCAGUUGUCUAGAAAGCGCUCAGAUUUCUAAGUAUUGCUGUAAUUUUUAAAAAUUUUUAUCUAAUUUUUUACACAUAUUACUUUCAGUUCCCUUUCCCUCCCCUCCCUACUGUAAUUCUUUGCAUGUUCAUUUUGUUCAGUUUGAAGCGCAAGUUUCCUAGGUCAAGAUCCAGGUUUAAACAAAACAGAAAACUAAGAUAAUAAGGCCUACUAGACAAGCCAUCACACUAGUAUUCUGCCUGCUGGGUCAUUUCUGCACCUCCAUGCUAAGGUCUCACCUGCCUUUUCAUUGGAUCAAGAGAAUGGAGAUGCAUUUCUUGAUGCAGCCCUUUUUAAACAAACAGGUGCCCCAGCCACAUUUUCACUUGGAAGUACACCGAGAAGUCUAUGCUUUCAAAGCCUUGCUGGGGGACUACCUGGGCCUUGAGAAGGCAGCGGUGUGUAAACAACCUUCACUGUUGUGCUCCUGUCAUCUUAACAAUGUGAUUAUGUGCAGGUUUCUAAGUGUCUGUAGCAGUUACCAUUUUUAGGCAUUAGUGGUUGUUGUUGUUUUUGGCAAACAAGCAAUUACUUAAUACUUGUAUUUGAUUUUACCUAACAAUUAUCUAGUGUCCUUUUAGUAUAAACCACUGACCAUUACAGAAAUGACACUCAUCAGUUACCUUGUAAGCAUAUCCUAUAACAAAUACCUGGUCCAAAUCCAUGUUAACUUUUGCCCUGUAGAACAGUCUAGAAACAGGCAGCAUAGGUCCAUUAUGGAAGGUACAGACACCUAAGAUUGCUGUAGUCCUCUCCACAAUGGUGUACUGAUCUCUCUGCAGUGUCCAAGGUGACUCAUGACCUGCCCAUACUCUAAGCAGUAUGGAGAAAGCGGCAAACAAAGGUUUCUUUAUUAAGAACAUACAACACAGGAGUACUGAGAAAUACAGGCAUGUGUGUAACUGAAGAUCCAGGUGUCCAUCACAGCAUGCUCUGUAAGCUUCGAUGCUCAGGGAAACUGGUGUUUUCUCACAUCUCUCCCUCAGCUCCAGGUUCUCACUGAGAAAGAAGUUUACGUCCUUCAUUCUCUCAUCAGAAGCAAUAAAUAGACUAGUUGAGAGGGUUUUCAAGUAUAUUUUAUUGGUAUAAAAUCAAAAUAUGGUGAUGUAAUUUUCAGAACUAUGUGAAAGACUGUCCCCUUGCAGUGUCUUUACUGUGAAGAGGAAAAUGCUAACUUACCUACGAGAGCAAUUUUUGUUUUUUGGGUUUUUUUUUUGUUUUGUUUGUUUUGUUUUUGUUUUACGAGACA